AUGAUGGCACAGAUGGUCUCAGCUGCCUUUUGCCUCCUCCUCCUGUUUCUCCCGCUGAAAUCCUGCCUCCCUUCGGGGUGGCCCAGGCCAGCCGUGUCCCAUCUGCUCCCUGUAAGUAGCCUGAGCUGGGAGCAGUGGCUUAGCCGCUCAGAAUGGGAGGACAACCCUCCAAGACCCCCGGCUGGUUCAGAAGAGGGACUCUUCCAAGACCAAAGAUCUCCCAGGUCCUGCAAACCACCAGAGGCCAGAUCGGGGUCCCAGCAGCAGCAGAGAGCUGAGCGGUCUGCUGCCUCCAGCAAAAGACGCGAUGGCCGCCCAAACUCCCUAGACUUGACCUUUCACCUCCUCCGGGAGUUCCUGGAGAUGUCCCGGGAAGAGAGACUGGCUCAGAAAGCUCGGAGUAACAAAAUAUUGCUGCAUAAUAUUGGCAAGUGAACAGGGAUUGAAUGGAGGGACUGGGCAUAA